UGUAAGGCUUCCGGAAGAAAUCUUUCAGUUGGAGAAUACAAACAUCUCAAUUCAAGCAACAACAAACUCAAACACAAACACCUGCCAUCUGCAUUUGGAGAUCUCGCCACCUUGGAAAUUCUCAAUCUAAAUGGCAACCGACUUACCGCUCUACCAGAGACUUUUGGAUGCUUGAAGAAUAUCACUGUUUUAAAUUUAAAAAACAAGCUGUCAUACCUUCCACAGGUUAUAUGCCAACUCCCUGAACUCUUUGAGCUCAAUCUCUCAGGGAACAAGAUAGUGAGUUUACCCAAGCGUUUAUCCCAGCUGAAAAUACUCAAAGUUCUGUCUCUGAAUUCCAACAACCUGACAACUCUGCCUUCAGAACUUUUCUGCUUGACUAACAUAGAGGAACUGAAUCUGUGUAGAAACCAGUUAACAUUGAUUCCUGAUGAUGUGGAGAAAUUGAAGGGGCUCAGAGUCUUGCAACUUUGUCACAACAAGAUAAAGACACUUCCGGAGAAAAUAAGCUCAUGCUCAAAACUGCUGCAUCUCUGCAUCACUGGAAACCUACUAACAAAACUUCCCAGGAGUAUUGGUGCUUUGGAACAUCUCAGAGAGUUACUGGUGAAUAAAAAUCAGCUAGAAACACUGCCUCGAGGAAUCGGCUCUCUAAAAAAUCUCUCAGUUCUGGAAUGCUCAAGGAAUCAUUUGGUUAAUUUCCCCCUCAACAUAAGAAAUUGCUCUCUGUUGACCUCAGUGGAUCUCAGUUUUAACCACCUCCGCACCUUCCCAAUGGGUCUGUGCUCUGGACUUUCUCUAUGUCAGCUUGACAUAAGUAAAAACAUUUUAUCGAAGUUACCCCCCAACAUUGGUGAAAUCCACACCUUGCAAUGCCUGAAUCUCAGUGAAAACCGAUUCACUGGCGAAUGCCCCAAGCAUCUCUACCGACUUCACAGGCUAAUCCAUUUGGAUCUGAGCUACAAUUCAAUUCAGACCAUUCCAGAAGGAAUCUCCAGCUUGAAAAGAGUACAAGUGCUCGUACUUCAGGGGAAUAGGCUUACUGAGUUCCCUCUUGAGUUGCACCAUGUUAGGGCAGUACAAGUGCUUGACCUGUCUGAUAAUCAGAUAGGACGAGUUCCAUUAGAAAUACGAGAACUGAAAGACCUCAACCUUUCCAAUAAUCAGUCCUUCCUAUUUCCUGUGAAAGUGUGUGAUCUGAGAUCACUUGAAAAGUUGAAAAUCUGCCACAGAAGAGGCAUCAAGCUAACCACACUGCCAAAGACCUUGUCGAAACUAAGAUGUUUGAGAGAACUGGACUUCUGAGACAACGUAGUGCAGCAGAUUCCUGAGAGCAUCGGAGAGCUGGAUCACCUUACUAAGCUGAUAGCUAUCAAAAACGUUAUUAUAGUAAUUUAGAAGCCUAUUUAGUGUACAUUCGAAGGACUUGUUAUUAUGCGAAUCAUGCAUGUCUCCUCACUGAUUUUAAAACAACUCCACAAUGCUACUUCCUGUAGGGAAUCUUCUCCAGUCUUUACCUCCAGAUAUGGGCCAGCUCCAGUCUCUGAGGCAGUUGGAGCUGGAGGGGAAUCCUCUCACCAGACCUCCUAAGCAGAUCUGUGACGGACACCAAAUAUUCCCCAUUGGGACAGUACCUCAGCUCUGAAGUCACCUGGAAAAUUGGGGAUAAUACACAAGCAUUCCACAGUACAUUUCAUAUUCAAAUUGUAUUGUUAAGUACUGUAUGCUUGGCAAGUGAGGUAAUGUUGCAACUUUGUUAUUUUGUUAUAGAGCACAUCUUACAAAAGGCUUUCUGGUCUCUGGCCAAUAACUUGCAGGGCGAUGAUUUUGAUCACUUCUGUGAGAAACUUAAGAUACCCACUGAGGAGUUUAAGACCAAAGAGAAUAAACGGUAUGACCUGAAUCAUCCAAUAAACCUCUAAUUUGGCAUAGAAUUUCAGUGAUAGAUAGUGUUCCUCAAUUUAAUUUCAGGGUCCAAUUACAAUCAAGGAAUUGAUAGGAAAUGGAAUCACUCAAUUUGAUUACUUUGUGUGUGUAGGGCAUCCCAGAAGGAAAAAACCAUGCAGGCCCCGACUCUGUGGAGAGACUUAUUCCAUAGUGACCAGGAGGCAUCUGUCAUAGCUGACCAACUUGUGAGGACUCUGGUCUUGGCAGGCCUAUACACACUCUCCUCUCAGGUUCAGGCCAUCAAGAUAUAUGCCAAAGCCAUAAGACUGAAUACACUAUGCCAAAUGUGCUAUAUGAAUAGAGGCGUAGUUCAUGGCAUUGUGAAGUUGGAAAGUGAGAGGAGUAAUUUGUUUUUCAUAAAUGUACAUUUACCAAGUGAAUCCAUACCAAAGUAUUGAUUAUUGUUUGACCAUGAGAAUAAAUGCAAUUGGAUAUG